AUGGUAAGUAGAAUCUUAGAGGAGAAGACUGACACACUACAUCCAGGAACAAUUCCAGAACUGAUUAUGAUGCAUGGUUCCAGAACUGGUUAUGUGGGGACAGGUAAAGGGGCUCUGGGGAUCUUACCCUGGAAACAGCUUGCUCCAGAGAACCUUACCAUGGUCACUGAAUUCCUUUUGCUGGGCUUUUCCAACCUCCAGGAACUACAAGUUGUCCUCUUUGCUGUCUUCUUCUGUCUCUACAUGAUCAUUCUGUGUGGAAACAUCACAAUUGUUAUAGUCAUCCUCCUUGAGCACAACCUCCACACCCCCAUGUAUUUCUUUCUAGGUGUCCUCUCUGUCUCUGAGACCUGUUAUACCUUUGUCAUUUUGCCCAAGAUGCUUCUCAAUCUGCUCUCUAUGCUCAGGACUAUCUCCUUUACCAGCUGCGCCAUCCAACUGUUCUUUUUUCUUUCCUUUGCUAUCAAUAACUGCUUAUUGUUGGGUGUAAUGGGUUAUGACCACUAUACUGCCAUCUGCCACCCUCUGCGCUAUCCAAUCCUCAUGAACUGGAGGGUCUGCAGACUCCUAGCAGCUACUUGUGGGGUGAGUGGAUUCCUGAUCUCAAUGGUUGGCACCACCUUGGUCUUCAUUCUCCCCUUCUGUAACUCUAACAAGAUCAAUCACUAUUUCUGUGACAUUUCACCUCUUAUUCACCUUGCCUGUGGUGACACCUAUGUCAAUGAGAUGAUCAUAUUCAUCUGUGGUGUACUGGUGCUUGUGGUCCCAUUGAUUUUUGUCUGCAUCUCCUAUGGAUUCAUUGUCAGCCCCAUCAUGAGGAUUCCAUCCACUGAAGGGAAGCAGAAGGCCUUCUCUACCUGUGCCUCCCAUCUCACAGUAGUCAUAGUCCACUAUGGAUGUGCAUCUUUUGUCUACCUGAGACCCUCGUCCAAGGUCACAUCUGACAAAGACCAGUUGGUGACAGUGAUUUACACUGUUAUCACCCCCUUAUUGAAUCCGAUGGUUUAUAGCCUCAGGAACAGGGAUGUUCAGAUAGCCAUCCAGAAAGUUAUUAGUGGAGGAAAGCUUUCCCAUAAAAUCCUAUAA